GCCGGGCAGAGCUGGACGCCGCCCGCCCGCUCCCAGCUUGCAGAGCCCGGGCCUCUCCGCCCUCCCGGGGCUGGGCCCUGCUCCUCCCGGAGCCCUCCGGGCACCCAUGGGCUCGGAGCUGGAGCCGCUGUUCCUGGCCUGGAGCUAUUUCAGGCGCAGGAAGUUCCAGCUGUGCGCGGAUCUGUGCACGCAGAUGCUGGAGAAGUCCCCUUACGACCAGGAACCGGAUCCUGAGUUACAAGUGUGUCAGGCAGCCUGGAUUUUAAAAGCCCGGGCACUGACUGAAAUGGUGUAUGUGGAUGAAAUUGAUGUAGAUCAGGAAGGAGUUGCGGAAAAGAUGCUAGAUGAAAAUGCCAUUGCUCAAGUGCCACGUCCUGGAACUUCCCUGAAACUCCCCGGAACGAACCCCACGGGAGGACCUAGCCCGGCCAUCAGGCCCAUCACUCAAGCUGGGAGGCCUAUUACCGGUUUCCUUCGGCCCAGUACUCAGAGUGGCAGGCCAGGCACUAUGGAACAGGCCAUCAGGACACCCAGAACCACCUACACAGCUCGCCCCAUUGUCAGCUCGUCCGGGAGAUUUGUCAGACUGGGAACGGCUUCCAUGCUUACAAGUGCUGAUGGACCUUUUAUAAAUUUAUCUAGGUUGAACUUAACAAAAUAUGCGCAGAAACCUAAAUUGGCAAAGGCUUUGUUUGAGUAUAUCUUUCAUCAUGAAAAUGACAUUAAGACGGCUUUGGAUUUGGCCGCCCUCUCCACAGAGUAUUCUCAGUACAAGGACUGGUGGUGGAAGGUGCAGAUUGGAAAGUGUUACUACAGGUUAGGAAUGUAUCGGGACGCAGAAAAGCAGUUCAGAUCAGCCCUGACGCAGCAGGAAAUGGUGGAUACGUUUCUCUACUUGGCUAAAGUAUACAACUCAUUGGAUCAACCUGUGACUGCUUUAAAUCUUUUCAAACAAGGCUUAGACAGAUUUCCAGGAGAAGUAACCCUACUUUGUGGAAUUGCCAGAAUCUAUGAGGAAAUGAACAACACAUCGUCGGCAGCAGAGUACUACAAAGAAGUCUUGAAACAGGACAGCACUCACGUGGAGGCCAUCGCCUGCAUUGGGAGCAACCACUUCUAUUCGGAUCAGCCAGAAAUAGCUCUCCGUUUCUACAGGCGACUCCUGCAGAUGGGUGUUUACAACUGCCAGCUUUUCAACAAUCUGGGGCUCUGCUGCUUCUAUGCCCAGCAGUAUGAUAUGACUCUGACCUCAUUUGAGCGCGCCCUCUCCCUGGCUGAAAAUGAAGACGAGGCGGCUGAUGUCUGGUACAACUUGGGCCAUAUAGCUGUGGGCGUGGGAGACACGAGCCUGGCCUAUCAGUGCUUCCGGCUCGCUCUGGUGAACAACAACCACCACGCCGAGGCCUAUAACAACCUGGCCGUGCUGGAGAUGCGGAAGGGCCACGUCGAGCAGGCAAGGGCACUUUUACAAACUGCAUCAACUUUAGCACCCCAUAUGUAUGAGCCUCAUUUUAACUUUGCAACCAUCUCUGAUAAGAUUGGAGAUCUACAGAGAAGCUAUGUUGCUGCUCAAAAGUCCGAAGCUGCAUUUCCAGAUCAUGUAGAUACACAACUUUUAAUUAAGCAGUUAAAGCAGCAUUUUGCUAUGCUCUGAUUGUUUUUUAGACCACAUGUAUUUUUAUAGUAGCAUUAUGCAGGGGGCAAAGUUAUGUGUGCAUACUCAUGUGUAAGAGGCAUAAUAGAAAAUGAAAGAUGGGAUUUGGGACUGGAGCGAUAGGUACAGCAAAUAGGGCAUUUUCCUGCAUGCUGCUGACCCAGCUUCAAUUGCCAACAUCACAUAUUGUCCCCUAAGCACCACCAGGAAUAAUUCCUGAGUGCAGAGCCAGGAGUGACCCUUGAGCAUCGCCGAUAAGGAAAAGGAUUUGUAUACAUCUAUCGUAUGGUAAAAUAUCUGUUUAUGAUGUUUAUAAAACAUUUUCAUAAAUUAUCCUCAACUUUAUAUAAAAUGUGUAUUUUAAUGUCCACAGGCUGGCCACUAGUGCUCAUGUAGCUUAAGAGGCCAUCAAAAUUAACCUUUAUGUCUAAAAGUGUGUAUAUAAACCCUAAGUAGAAACUUUAUUUAGAGCCUACAAAUUAUAUUUUAAAAUGCUUUCCAUCAGAUGCUCCAUAAAUUUUUAUAGAAUGUCUUCUAAAAUAAAUCAGUGUGUAAAACGC